GGGCCGGCUUUUUCUCACGCAGCUGCGUCGCCGCCUCAGCGCCAGGCAUCUCUGCUGUGCCCUGCCGGCCUCGCUUGAUCCGGAGGUAGCUGGGGAUUCCCUCAAGAGGCGGCUUCAUGGCAUACAGUCAGGGAGGCGGCAAGAAGAAAGUCUGCUACUACUAUGACGGUGAUAUUGGGAACUAUUAUUAUGGGCAGGGACACCCAAUGAAGCCCCACAGAAUUCGUAUGACUCAUAACUUGCUGCUUAACUAUGGCUUGUACAGAAAAAUGGAAAUCUAUCGACCCCACAAAGCUACAGCAGAAGAAAUGACGAAAUACCACAGUGAUGAGUACAUCAAAUUUCUUCGCUCAAUAAGACCUGACAAUAUGUCCGAGUAUAGCAAACAGAUGCAAAGAUGUAAGUCUGAUGUUGAACUAAAUAUAAUUAAUGUUGGGGAGGAUUGUCCUGUGUUUGAUGGACUGUUUGAAUUCUGUCAGCUGUCAACUGGAGGUUCUGUUGCUGGAGCAGUAAAAUUAAACAGACAACAGACAGACAUGGCUGUCAAUUGGGCUGGAGGACUUCAUCAUGCAAAGAAAUCUGAGGCAUCUGGUUUCUGUUACGUGAAUGAUAUUGUACUUGCUAUUCUUGAAUUACUGAAGUACCACCAAAGAGUGCUCUACAUCGAUAUUGAUAUCCAUCAUGGUGAUGGUGUUGAAGAAGCAUUUUAUACAACAGAUCGUGUUAUGACUGUAUCAUUCCAUAAAUAUGGAGAAUAUUUCCCUGGCACAGGGGAUUUAAGGGACAUAGGUGCUGGAAAAGGGAAAUAUUAUGCUGUCAAUUUUCCAAUGAGAGAUGGAAUAGAUGAUGAGUCAUAUGGACAGAUAUUUAAACCUAUCAUAUCCAAAGUCAUGGAGAUGUAUCAACCUAGUGCUGUGGUUUUGCAGUGUGGGGCAGAUUCACUGUCUGGUGAUAGGCUUGGAUGUUUUAAUCUUACUGUCAAAGGUCAUGCUAAAUGUGUGGAAGUUGUAAAGACCUUCAACUUGCCUCUUCUGAUGCUUGGAGGAGGUGGAUAUACUAUACGUAAUGUUGCUCGGUGCUGGACCUACGAGACUGCUGUUGCUUUAGACUGUGAAAUUCCUAAUGAAUUGCCAUACAAUGACUACUUUGAAUAUUUUGGACCAGAUUUCAAGCUACAUAUUAGCCCAUCAAAUAUGACAAAUCAGAACACCCCUGAAUAUAUGGAAAAGAUUAAACAACGUUUAUUUGAGAACUUGCGCAUGUUGCCCCAUGCUCCUGGUGUACAGAUGCAGGCUAUUCCUGAAGAUGCUGUUCAUGAAGACAGUGGGGAUGAAGAUGCUGAAGAUCCAGACAAACGCAUUUCUAUCCGUGCCUCUGAUAAGCGAAUAGCCUGUGAUGAAGAAUUUUCAGAUUCCGAAGAUGAAGGUGAAAGUGGACGCAGAAACAUUGCAGAUCACAAGAAAAGUGCAAAGAAAGCUCGAUUAGAAGAAGACAAAAAAGAGACAGAAGACAAAAAAGCAGAUAUUAAAGAAGAAGAUAAAUCCAAGGAUAGCACUGGUGAAAAGGCUGAUACCAAAGGCACAAAGUCGGAACAGCUCAGCAAUCCUUGAGUGUAAAGCCUCACAUCAAUUAAAGGACACAAUACUAAAGUGAAAAAACUGCUAAACGGAACUUUUUCAUAUGGGAAGAGACUGUUGAUUUUCAUUUUGUACAAUUCGGCAUGGAGCGUAUUUAUUUUCAAACAACUGUUUUGUUUUUUUGGCAAGUUGUAUUGUGUGUUUCCUAAUUAUGAUGCAGAAAUUUGUUCCUUCCACCUGGCUUUAAGUAACUAUUUAAAAUGGAUGUGAGUUAUUAUGUUAAAUGUCUACUCAUCUGUUAAAAUUUGCCUUUUCCUGAACUGAUUUUACCCGUUUUGUAUCUAUAUCUUUAUUAAAAAAAUGUACUUGGCU